AUGAGCAAUUCAACAGAUCCAUCCGAUUACUGCAGGCUGGACAUUUGUCCACUAAGCGAAGCGUACGUUGAGUACGUGCCUUCACUGGCCGGGAAUGCCUUUUACCUUGGCGUUUUUGCAGUUCUGUUGGUAGUCCAGGUGGUCUUGGGCAUUCGAUAUCGGACCUGGGGCUACCUCGCUGGUUUAUUUGGUGGCCUAGUGCUCGAAAUAAUCGGAUAUGCUGGACGAUUGCAGAUGCAUUAUAAUCCAUUCCGCUUCGAUCCUUACCUUGAAUAUUUGGUCUGCCUCACAAUAGGCCCUGCAUUUAUCAGUGCCUCAAUCUAUAUCUGUCUCGGGCGGAUCGUAGUCAUCUAUGGAGAGAACAUUUCGCGCCUCCGUCCUCGGACUUACACUAUUGUCUUCAUCCUCUGUGAUCUCGUUUCACUGCUACUCCAGGCUUCAGGAGGCGCUAUUACCUCUAUUGCUGAUGCGGACCAACCUGACCUAGGUCAAGCUGGCAUUAAUAUCAUGAUCGCCGGUCUAUCAACUCAGGUUGUCUCCCUCGCUAUUUUCAUGGCGCUUUGUCUGGAUUUCGCCUGGGCAGUUCGCAAGAGCCAGCACAAACUCAACCCUGAGAUACACAUGAGUGAUCUCCGCAAUAGCAUCAAGUGGAAAGCGUUCCUAGCUGGUGAGUUAUUUUCCCACUUCCCUUCCCUUCAUAUCUCACAGCGCUUGUUAAUCAUCCAUCCAGGCCUGACCAUAGCAACGCUUACCAUUUUCGUUCGUUCUGUGUUUCGAGUCGCAGAGCUCAAUGGUGGAUUCCACAGCUCGUUGGCAAACAACGAGGUUGUCUUCAUGGUCCUGGAGGGAGUUAUGCUCGUGAUCGCGCUUUUGGCUUUGACCAUUCUUCAUCCGGGCAUAUGCUUCGAUGGUCAAUGGAAUAAUACGAAGUGGACUUUUCGCAAGUCGCGUGACAUGGAGAUGAGUUUAAUAUCUGAGAUCUCAGAUGGGCAGGCGAAGGCCAGGCAGAUUGAUGACCCAUCAAGCUAA